CCUUCUCACAUUAUAUUUAUUAUAUACACAUUAUUUUUUGUAGAUAUUUGUAUAAUACUAUAAUUAUCUUCAAAAUUUGUAAAGUUCCAUCCAAGAAUUACCGAAUCAACCCCAAAGACACCCAAACUCUGAGCUGAGCCAUGGGAAAGAUAUCGCAAAAGACCAGAGUGCUGAUGGUCUGCGUGGGUAAUAUUUGCCGCUCCCCCAUCGCCGAAGCGGUUAUGGAUGAGGUCAUCAUCAGGGCGGGUCUGCAGAAGGAGUGGCACGUGGAGAGCGCAGCGAUCGAGGGCUGGCACUCAGGAUGCAUUCCGGAUGAGCGGGCACUGAGAGUCCUGGCCAAGCAUAACAUCAGCUACAUUGGCUAUGCAAGGGUUCUGACCACUGAGGACUUCAUGAAGUUUGACUAUAUCUUCGGCAUGGAUAGGAGUAAUCUGGCCGCACUGAAGCGCAUGGCACCGCAUAAUGCCACAGCCAAAGUACUAUUGCUGGGGAAUUUUGGCCUCAAACCAGAUGAUCGUGUCAUAGAAGAUCCAUAUUAUACUGUGGGCGAGGCACCGUUCGAAAAUAUCUAUCAAAAGUGUCACAUAGCUUGCCAGAAUUUCUUGGAGCAAGCGCGCCAGCAGCAGAUUUUGUAAACGAAUCCCAUGCGACCG